AGAAAACCUCUCGAGAAACCGCUAAAAGAAGUGAAAAUAUCUUCCCCUGUUUUGCUGAGAAAUCGGAUGAGCAGAAACCCAAGGCAAGAACAGCGGGAAUAAUCAAAUCAACUGAUACCCACCGCCAAAAUGGCUUCAUCUUCCAUUUUCUCUGCUCGAAAUCCCCCUUCAAGCGCUGCUUCCACUAUCCUCACACAUUUCAGGACCCAUUUGAGCCAAUCUUUCUCUUUUACUUCAAUCUCGAUUUCUUGCCCCAAAACCCAUAGCUCAUCUCUCUGCCGAGCAGCCAAGCAACAGAGCGGGUCGACAAAGAAGAACUCAUCCACUGCCACCAACAAAAAGAAGAAAAAGGGAGACGACCGCGGUGGGUUUUCGAAAAAAUGGAGUGUAGAUGAAGAAAUUGAAGACGAGGGCGACGUUUUCGGUGAUGAAUUGGAUGAACAUGAUAUUGUACGUUCCGGGGUUCGUUACCAACCGUUGCCGCUUCCUAAACCCCCAGCUGGUUUUGUUGUGGAUGAACAAGGGAAGGUUCUCAUAGCUUCCAACAAACGAAUCGUAACUUUGAUAGAUCCCAGUAAUAACUUCCCACUGGAGUGCUCUGUCAGAAGGGUGUUUAGAAGUUCAGGAGAGGAUGAGUGUAUGCUGCUUUGCCCUGUUGAUACGCCUGUUCAAAUUCUGAAGAGCAAGAACGUUGAAGGAUGGUCAGCUAUUAGUGAUGAAGAAGUUGAAGCUAUUCUUCCCACAGCUGCGUACGCACUUGCCAAGAUUCACAUGCAUUUGGUACAUAGUGGAUUUUGUUAUACAGCAAGGGGUGGGUUUUGCUAUACUGAGGAUGAUAUAUUUGAAUUCCAUACAGAUGAUGGUCAAGAUGUGGAUGGCUUGCCAACUGAAGGCAUAGAGAUUACAUGCUUCCAUAUGGAUGGAAGCCAUUAUAUGAUUUAUACACCUUCUGAUCCCCUUCUCUUCGUUGUCAAGAAGGAUCAGAGUGGCCAACUGCAAAUUGCUGAUGAUGAUCUACUCGAGGACCCGGCUGUUGUUGGUGCGAUAGAUGAGGAGACAGAAUUCAAUGCCUUGGUGGAAGAAGAAGCAGCCCUUCUGGAUACCUUAUCAGGGAAAAGAUGAUCAAUGAGUAAUGCUUCAUCAGAGAGUAAUGCUUAUUUUCAGUCUAGUUUUUUAGUUGGUCAUCUAUGCAUGUAUAGUUUCAGUCUUGUUCUUAUUUUCCUUCCUUGUACUACCAAGUUCAAUAUUGUUGUUUACAUUACCAAAAUUUAAGAUCACUUUAUUUUCACAUUUAAUCAAAUAUCAGAUGUGGGUCUCCUUUUUCUUUA